CUGACCCCGCCCUGGGGCCUCAGAGCAUCUGGGCCACCCUGUCCGGGAAGAGGCCCUGCACUCGGCCAGCAGCCUGGAGAGUCACCGAGGGAUGAGGACGCCACAGCCCGGGGGAGCACCCUUUCUGCUCUCGCGGCCCCGAGCGCGCAGCGCCCAGGAGCCGGAUAGAGCCUGACGCCCUGUCGUCUCCCCUCGCGCACAGGGCUCUGCGAGUGAUCCGGCCGGCCAGCUCCCUGCUGCAUGGAACGGCUGCAGAAGCAACCACUUACCUCCCCUGGGAGCGUCAGCUCCUCCCGAGGCUCCAGUGUUCCCGGCUCUCCCUCCAGCAUCGUGGCCAAGAUGGACAAUCAGGUGAUGGGCUACAAGGACUUGGCUGCCAUCCCCAAGGACAAGGCCAUCCUGGACAUCGAGAGGCCUGACCUCAUGAUCUACGAGCCCCACUUUACCUAUUCUCUGCUGGAACACGUGGAGCUGCCCAGAAGCCGGGAGCGCUCGCUGUCACCCAAAUCCACAUCCCCCCCACCAUCCCCAGAGGUGUGGGCGGAGAGCCGGUCCCCUGGAACCCUCUCUCAGGCUUCAGCCCCAAGAACCACUGGGACGCCCCGGACCAGCCUGCCCCAUUUCCACCAUCCUGAGACCACCCGCCCAGAUUCCAACAUCUACAAGAAGCCACCCAUCUACAAGCAGAGAGAGUCCACAGGAGGCAGCCCUCAGAGCAAGCACCUCAUUGAAGACCUCAUCAUCGAGUCGUCCAAGUUCCCUGCAGCGCAGCCUCCCGACCCCAACCAGCCAGCCAAGAUCGAAACGGACUACUGGCCGUGCCCCCCGUCGCUGGCCGUUGUGGAGACAGAAUGGAGGAAGCGGAAGGCGUCGAGGAGGGGGGCAGAGGAGGAGGAGGAAGAAGAGGACGAUGACUCCGGGGAGGAGAUGAAGGCUCUCAGGGAGCGUCAGAGGGAGGAACUCAGUAAGGUUACUUCUAACUUGGGAAAGAUGAUCUUGAAGGAAGAGAUGGAAAAGUCAUUGCCUAUCCGGCGGAAAACCCGCUCUCUGCCUGACCGGACACCCUUCCAUACCUCCUUGCACGUGGGAACGUCGAAGUCUUCUUCCCUCCCCGCCUAUGGCAGGACCACCCUGAGCCGGCUACAGUCCACAGACUUCAGCCCAUCCGGGAGUGAGACCGAAAGCCCAGGUGAGAGGCAGGGCCGACCUGAUGCUGGGAAAGGGGCUCAAGAGGCCCCUGGGGCAGCCCGUGUCUGCGAUGUGGGCAGGGCUCUGUGGCUGGAGGUCGGGGAGGCUGAGCUGGCAGGUUUGGAAGCCUGCUGAGCUCAGAGCUGCCUCUGAACAAUGGCUCUUCUCUCCCACAGGCCUGCGGGUGAGUGCCUUCUGGAGGGGAACACGUGGAGCACGGAAGCCACGGAUGGCCGGGGGACCGGUGUUGGGGGAGGGGGCGGGGCUACGGAGUCUCCUGGUGAGGACCUAAGAAGCCUAGGGUAAGGCUGGGGAGGCCUCCCUGCCCCACUCUGGCUCACUGCGGCUUUGGUCUCCCCAGAACGGAGAGGGCCAGAGGGGGAGGAUGGACCGGGGGAACUCCCUUCCCUGUGUGCUGGAGCAGAAGGUGAGGGGCAGGGGCAGAGGCAGGGGACGGUGGGCAGGGGACAGAACCGUCUCUAUCGGGGGCGGGCCAGCCUGGGGAGAAGCCAGGGAAGUGAAUGCACUGAGGGCUCCUCCUGGCUGAUGAUGGGAGGGGCGGCACGGAAGUUGGGGGAGUUGGAUGGCAAGAUGGCAUGAGCCCCCAUGGCCCCUGUAGGCUGAUAAGGGGGCCUGGGGAAUGGAGGGGGUUACGCUGACAGGGACCUCCAAGAGCCUGAUACUUACUGCCCGCCUCCCCUCCCCGCCAGAUCUAUCCUUACGAAAUGCUGGUGGUGACCAACAGGGGGCGAACCAAGUUGCCUCCAGGUGUGGAUAGGAUGAGGCUUGAGGUACGCAGGGAUAAUGUGCUGGGUGGGUGAGGGGCUACUGACGGGGCAACCUCCCCUGCCCGGUGUGGGGGAAGGUGGCCCGGCCCCACCCUGUGCCUCCUGUCCCUACACUGCCUC